UGGUUGGAGCCUGCGGUGUCGUGCAGGUGUCUAUUCUUCAAUCACUAUGUCAAGUGACACAGAUGUUUCUCUUUCUUCAUAUGAUGAAGAUCAGGGAUUUAAACUUAUCCGAAAAGCUAGAGCGGCACCAUUUGUCCCCAUUGCAAUGGCAGGUUUUGCAGCAAUCGCUGCAUAUGGAUUAUAUAAAUUGAAGAGCAGGGGCAAUACUAAAAUGUCUGUUCACCUGAUCCACAUGCGUGUGGCAGCCCAAGGCUUUGUUGUGGGAGCAGUGGCUCUUGGUAUGGGCUAUUCCAUGUAUUGAGAAUUCUGGGCAAAACCUAAACCUUGGAAGAGGAGAUGCUGUCUUGGUCUCGGUGGCGCUUGCUUUAGUUAGACAUCUCAUAUUGAGGUUAUAUGUUUAUGUUGAAAAUAAAUUCUGCGGGUCAGACAAUAACAUGGUAAUUUGAAUACUGGCUUCCUUUCUUGCAGGCUUGAUUUGCCUAGUGACUAGUUCACUAGCUAUAGGUCAUUCAGGGGAGUCAGAUUAGCACAAAAACAUGUCACUUUUAAAUGCACUUGAUAGUGGUACAAUGUCCACCUUCUUAAACUCUUCUGAUAAAAUUAGUUGUGAAGAGGACA